AACAGAUCCAUAGUUUGUUGUUAUUACUUGAGGAAAAUGUCGACAUCGACUUCUGACACGGAAAUGGUGGCGCUAGGUAACUUGUUAACGGAAGAGAAGAAACCCAAGAUUCGAAAACAGGACCAGUGGCCGAGGAAGUCGGAGUGUCUUCUGUCUCUCAUAGGUUACUCCGUGGGACUGGGCAAUAUCUGGCGCUUCCCGUACAUUUGUCAGCGAAACGGUGGAGGAGCCUUCCUGAUACCAUACUGCAUAUUUAUCAUCGCCCUGUGCUACCCGAUAUUCUUCCUGGAGCAAGCGAUUGGACAGUAUUCAGGACUAAGUCCCACAGACAUAUGGAGUAUGUGUCCAAUGUUGAAAGGUAUCGGCCACAGUAUGGUGACCAUAUCCGUGAUCGGCGUCAUCAUCUACAGCAUCCUGGGCUCCUGGAGUAUGUUCUACCUUUACAACUCCUUCUCGACGACGCUGGCGUGGACCACGUGCGACAACUGGUGGAACAGCAUCCACUGCAUUACGGGGAACGAGAGCAACAACAUCAGCGCUGUCGGCAACGUGACUGUUAGCGUGAUCGGGCUCGAGGUCGUGUACAACACGUCAUCGCAACAGCCUGCAGACGUCGGCAGGGAGUACGACAUGUGGGGCAGUAGCAACACCACGAGGACGUCGCUAGAAGAAUACUUCUUGUUCAACACGUUAAGGAUUUCAUCCGGUUUUGGUGAUGUUGGCAAGCUGCAGAUGCAUCUCGCCAUUGGUCUACUACUCUACUGGUUUUUAAUCUACCUAUGUGUCAUGAAGGGAAUCAAAUCUGUUGGAAAGGCUGUGUACGUGACGGCGGUACUCCCGUACGUCUUGCUCACUGUGUUACUGGUACGGUCCGCCAUCCUGCCCGGAGGUGUCGAUGGAAUUCUCUAUUACCUCACUCCGGACUUCACUAGACUCGGUCACACGCAGGUGUGGCUGGAGGCUCUCAUGCAGGUGUUUUUUUCGCUGGGAACGGGCUGGGGAGGAAUCAUCACUUUCUCCAGUCACAACAAGUUUAAGAACAAUUUCUUAUGGGACAGCUGGAUCUGCACCUUGGUGGGGGAAGGGACGAGUAUAUACGCCGGACUGGCAGUCUUCUCCGUUCUGGGAUUCCUUGCCAAGCGAGCAGGGAAACACAUUGCCGAUGUUGCGGCUGCAGGUCCUGGCCUGGCGUUUAUCGUGUACCCUCAAGCCAUCUCUCUGUUACCUCUUCCACAACUGUGGGCCGUCAUCUUCUUCCUGAUGCUCAUCACAGUAGGACUGGACUCACAGUUUGGCUGUGUGGAAACCUUUAUGCACGCUCUUCUUGAUGGCUUUCCACGCCUGCGCAAACACAGAAUGUUGGUGACGGCGGCCACAACGGGCAUGUUGUUUGCUUUAUCACUUGUUCUGGUAUCGCAGGGUGGAGUGUACAUCUUUCAGCUAAUAGACUGGUAUUUCUGUACCUUCUCUCUGUUAUUCAUAUCAUCGCUGGAAUGCCUUGCUAUUGGAUGGUGCUAUGGUGCUAGACGUUUCGGAGACGACAUUAAGAUGAUGCUUGGGUGGAGACCUCCAGCUGUGUACAACAUCUUCUGUUUCGUCAUAGCACCCACAAUGCUGAUGACUGCCCUGGUGGUUUCCUUCUUCCUGUACAAGCCGCCAAACUACGGCGAGUACGAGUAUCCGAGGUACGCCCGCAUCAUUGGGUGGAUGUUCGCCGGUCUGACGGUGUUACCCAUACCUGCCUACCUCGUUAGAGAGUUCCUCGCAAGGGAGGGAAGAAUAUGCACGAGAUUAAUACAGAUGUUGGAACCUGACACAAAAUGGGGACCACGUCACGACACCGAGUUAAUGACAUACAGCAAAACAUCACUCUUCAAACGCCGGACUCUUCGAGAAAACGCGCGUGAUAUACUCAACAUUCGUGAUUAGGGGCUUAACCAUGUGCGAUCAUGAUGUGUACUAGCAACUUACUGUAUUUAUAACAGUGUUAGCUAUCACCUGGUCGGAUGCAUUUCUUCAUACACGUGUUAUAAAUGUGUUGAGGGUUUUGUUUAAUUUUAAUAUUCGUUUCUGUCACACAGGAUACAAGGGGUUCUGUUACUCAUCUGAUAUAAUAUCCAUAAUAUUUAUGGCACACAUAAUCUGUUUACACAAUCUACUUGUGCUUAUUUAUGAACUUCACAUAACAAUGUUUUUACGUUCAUGGAAGUAUUAGCUACAUAAUCGCCUUAUACACUGUAUAACACGUGUAUAACUGUUUAUCAACUGCUGGGGAGUCGUAAAAUACUAAUCCCAUUCACUCAUUCAUUCAUUAAAUCCUUUAUUCGUCCAUACAUACAUUCAUUUAUUCAAUAUAAAAUACUAUGAAAUAACAACUGAUUUUUAAAAAAUUAAUUCACGAAAUAAGGGGAAGCCCCAUUCUUUUGUACAUUGAUACAAAUAAUGUAAUCCAAUUCAGAGAAUUUACUGAUUCAUUAUUAACGCGUAACGAAAAGAGUUAUUUUAUUAUUAUAUAUUAUUAUUUUAUUAUCUGAAAUGCGGUAAAGGAAAUAGUUGAAACGAUCAAGCAUUGUCGAAAGUUCAGGGAGAUAUGAACAUCAGGUGUUGAAGUAACAUCUUAUCAUUUGGACAAAUCAAAGCAUUUACAACAAAACAUUAUACUUUUACCGAUUGAAAUUAUAUCCAAUUAACUACUAGUAUAUCCACGAACUAAUCGUACCUAAGGUUACUUGUUAUGACUAAAGCACCAGUCUCACAUACACGAAUUAUACCCCGAAUGUCCAGGAAUAUACACGAUCCUAUGCAGCCCCGAUUUCUCCCGAUGUUUGGGCAAAAUUUGCAUGAUUCGGCUUCUUUCCCGAACUGCGUACGAAUGCUCACGACUGCGGCAAGAACUAAUACCAUACCACUACGAUCUUGAACCCAAUUCAUUACGAAUCGGGACGACCUACUACGUGUCCCCUAGAAUGCCUUCCCGAAUACGCUACCAAUCAUGACGAUUAAUGCGGGACGCGUCAAGAAUUACUACGACACGCCUACGAAUCCGCACGACUGCUACACGAAUAAGUACGACUGCCUCAAGAACCAGUACGACUUCUACACGAAUCAGUACGACUGCCGCAAGACGCCUAUAUGAAGGCUGCCGAACAGGCCAGAUUUCAUUCGAUGUUGUGUCUGCAAGCAGUGAACAUCACCAUGUCGCUCUUCAAGAAGUCAGCAACCGGCCGCAAGGGACGAGUGGAGAGCCAGCGUACCCGUGGAGAACAAGAGGCAGAGAAAGAGCCAGAGGUAGACGUACGAAUACCCCACGUUUAACCACGAACAUACUACGGUUACGCACGAUGCCCUCAAGAACUCGUAAGAUUGAGUCACGAUUUCAACUUUAUUCACGAAUACUCCCGACAGUUUUGAACAUGUUCAAAACAGUCGGGAGUCGAUCCAGAACAUUCAAGAAUACUGACGAAAGGCCAGGAACCCCUUACCGCCUCAGUACGUAUAUCCAAGAAUCACCAACAAAACUUAAAUCGGGCCCAUUCGGGACAUAAUUCGUUUAUGUGAGACGGGGGUUUAAAGGUGAGUUUUACGGCUGGCGCACGUGAGCACCAUAGCCAUUCCACAAAUCAAAAUAGGCGUACCCCUCUAACGAUUAAAAUUUUCAGAGUGAAGAAAUAAUACAUUGGUUACCGACUAUUCGGAACAUCUUUGAUGUAUUCGUUGGUAUCGGACAUCCACGAAGCAACUUUGCUAGUUUAUCUGUUACAUAAUUUACAUUGGUUAUCGACUGUUCCGAACAUCUUGGAUGUAUUGUUUGCUAUCGGACAUCCACAAAGGUUUGCUCAGUGCGUAAGACAUGCAAGUGAUCUCUCAUGUUUUUAUUGAUGGUGGUCAUAUGACCUAAAAUGUCAUUCACAAACUGUCAUUCACAAACUGUCAUUCUAAUACAAAGGAACUCGUACCUUUCUUAGAAAAAAUCAUCAAAUCAUCUAACUGCCAUUUGCCAUAUAUGUUAAUGGCACACACCCACCUCGUAGUACUUACAAAUGACCACCGACUGUAAACGGUGCUGCGUCGUAAAGUGUUACUGUUGCAAAGGUAUUUACGACGAUAAUAGUUCUAAGAUCAUUUCAUAGAAUGAGACGCUGGAUACAAACCACGGCUAUCUGGUCUUUGAAUCCAGGUUAGUUAUUAAAUAUGCAGCCUCGAUCAUAUAAAUAAACACAAAACACACACACACACACACACACACACACACACACACACACUCGGAUAUAUAUAUAUAUAUAUAUAUAUAGAGAGAGAGAGAGAGAGAGAGAGAGAGAGAGAGAGAGAGAGAGAGAGAGAGAGAGAGAGAGAGAGAGAGAGAGAGAGAGAGAGAGGGACACACAUACACACACAAAGCUUGGUUCAAUGUCAUUUAAUCAGUUUAUGCAUAACGUUUUUACAGUGGAGCUUUGUUCAUAUCUGUCAUUUAUGAGUUGGCGUUUGUCCCAGUGUUUGCUUUUGUUUUAUUUUUUGUUUGUUGUUUUUUUCUGUUUGUUUGUUUGUUUGUUUUUUGGGGUUUUUUUUCAUAAUUGUUUUUUGUUAAUUUGUUGCAAUCAAUAUUGGAAUUUUAACAUAAUUUUAAUAAAUGGUGAAUGGAUCUGCGUGGGUUUUUUGUCUCCUAGUACUGCUACAUUGGGAAACGUGACUAAAUAUUAACAUUGUGUCAGCAUACGUUAUUCUCAUACAACUGUAUUGCCCUACAUGUGUCAUC